AUGGCUGCAGCUCUAGCUACUAUUCAGAUCACUAUUGUGGGAUUUGUACUCUCCUUCUUAUCUACAGUAGCACUCGUGUUCCGGCUUUGGUCGAGGCGAAUCCAACGGUCGUCACUUGCAUUUGAUGAUUACAUGGCCAUUACAGCGGCGGUGUUCACUAUUAGCGCAAUCUCGACAUACAUAUCAAGUGCGUUCCUAGGAGGGUUCGGGGUCGAUUCCGACCAGCUUAUAAUGACAAGACCGUGGAACGAAGUGACUUGCCUCAAGCUUCUCAUGGUAUGGCAACUACUUUGGGCGGUCGCCAAUACGAGCGUAAAAUUAUCGUUACUUUCGCUUUAUAUCCUUCUUUUUCCAAAUGACAAGUUUCGGUAUGCUUGUUACUGCACGAUAUUUUUAUCCAUGGCGUACCUCGUUAGCGCUAUCUUGAACACGUUUCUGCUAUGCCAACCUGUGGAAUAUAAUUGGGACAAAUUAAUACCGGGUGGCAAGUGCGAAAACGAGCUUGCCUCGUAUAUCAUCGAGAGCAGUUUAAACCUUGUAGUCGACGCUAUCGUUGUGGUAUUACCAAUGCCUAUGUUAUUUGGCCUACGGAUGUCGCUCCGCAGAAAAUUCAGUAUCGCGGGGAUGUUUAGUCUUGGAAUUAUUAUCUGCACUGUAACCCUACUCAGAACCCUUCCGAUGGCAUCACCAAACCCGAAAGCUGCGUACUCUAACGUUCCCGCCACUAUUUACUCUAUCCUUGAGCCUUCACUUGGGGUGGUAAGCUCUUGCCUUCCAAUAAUUAAGCCUGCUCUGUAUAAAUUAUGCGGGAUGGGACCGUUUAGACAAAUCAGUUCAGCCUCCAAUAGCGCAAAUGCAUCCGAUCUCGAUCUAGGUCAGAACCACCGGUGUUCGACAGCCGCUUACCACAAUGGCUUUGAACAUGUCGGAGACGAUGUACCUCUAGCCUAUGUCCACACCGGGGGUGCACUACGUACCGAUACGGAUCACGGCGGAGGAGGCAUUACGGUAGUUCGAAGAUGGGACGUUGAUAACUAUCCAAAUACAUCUUAA